AUGAGCAAACUGCGCUUUUCGAAGUCGACCGUCGACGAAAUGGCCCUUUUGCUUGCUACAGGCGUAGAACCACGAGAAAUAGCUUAUAGAUUUCGAUGCCACGCUUCAACUGUGGGCCGAAUCCGGCAGAAUAUUGAUACGUUCGGAGAGCCACGGCCAGCGCCUCAAGCGAAGAUGGGUAGGCCGCAAAAAAUCACUCCAGAGGCGCUUGAGGGCCUCCUUGAUUGGCUUCUGGAUAACGGCUCGGAGAAGAAGCUCUCGUAUCUAGACGAAAUGGUAGCGUUUCUAGAUGAGGAGUAUGAUAUAGAAGUAUCGAAAUCAACUGUCUGUCGAACGCUGGCAAAGGAGAAGAUCACCCAGAAAGCUGUUGAGCGUCAAGCUGCUGAGCGAGAUGAAGACUUGCGAGACUACUAUAGAGCUCAGAUAUACGAAGUUCGUGCUAAGGAGGCUAUAUUCGUUGACGAAUCAGCUGCGCAUGAGCGCACAAAAGACUGUAAAAGAGAGCAUCUUGCUAGCUAUAGGGAUUAA